GAAAAAUCGUGUCCUCGUUUGUAUAAUGUAAAAAAAACGUUUCCGCGAAAAUUUUGAUAAUAAUCGUGUAACAGUGCAAUAAUUGUGCAGCGAACGCAUGCGGAUUUCAAUAAGAAAUACGCAAUAAACUGACGUCAGAGUCACGUUUUCGACAUUGUCCGAUGGCGGGCGCGGGCCGUGGCGGUGUUAACGCGGUGGACGGCGGGGAAUGAGCGGAGGGUCCCGAACCGUUCCGAUUGGGUCAAUGUCUGGUGCGUCCGAUGUUUUCCAAAAUGGAGUUGUGAUUAAAAUAAAGUACACGAGAAAUUCUGACCAUUUUUCUCAGCCCGCGAUAUCAUGUUGUGUGUUCACGUCUCUCGGUCUUAGGUUUUCCAUUAUAGUUUUUGUUACGGUCGCAUAACAAUAUACAAAACGCAAUAAUAAUAAUAAUAUAAUAUAGCUGUUAUUAAUUUAUGCCGCUGCUCCGUUCAGAUAGCCGUUCUCCAACGAUGUACCACCACUACCCUCGUCAGGUAUAGCAGCGUAGUAUGUGGGCCGCGAACCAGGCCAGAUAGGCGUAUCAGAAAAUUACUUUUUUUUUUUUUCUUUUAUCAAUAUAAGUACGAGCAAUAAAUCACGUUUCUUUUUCGUUUCUUCUGGCCGUUUCCCCGUUUUCAUUUUUCCUACACGUUGCUGUGUGUCUUAUACCCGUGGAGAAUUAUGUAAACCAAAGUGCCGACAUUUAGAUAAUCCGUUCGAGUGCUGAGUGAAAAUCGUUUUUGGGCCGGACCGACGUUUUUGUGGACAUGAGCGGAAGGCCUAGGACUACUUCAUUUGCUGAGGGCAACAAGACGUCUCCGAAUCCUCCGAUUCCCUUGGGCGGAAUUAAAGUCAUAAGCAAAGAUGGAAAUAAAGUUACCACAGUUGUGGCAAAUCCAUGCCAAGGACCGGAUCGACCCUUGGAGGUGUCGUACACCGACACAAUGGUUAUUGGUAAUGGAAGUUUUGGGGUUGUAUAUCAAGCCAAACUAUGUGAUACAGGCGAAAUGGUGGCUAUUAAAAAAGUCCUUCAAGAUAAAAGAUUUAAGAAUCGCGAACUUCAAAUAAUGAAGAGGUUAGACCAUUGUAAUAUAGUGAAAUUGAAAUUUUUCUUCUAUUCGAGUGGCGAUAAGAAGGACGAAGUUUAUCUAAAUCUAGUUUUGGAAUAUAUACCUGAUACCGUGUACAAAGUUGCGCGCCAUUAUAGCAAAUUAAGGCAAACUAUUCCAAUCAGCUAUAUUAAGUUGUACAUGUACCAGCUGUUCCGAAGCUUGGCCUAUAUACACUCGUUAGGUAUAUGUCAUCGUGAUAUAAAGCCUCAAAAUUUAUUGUUGAACCCUGAGACUGGGAUUUUAAAAUUAUGCGAUUUCGGCAGUGCUAAAACCUUAAUCAAAGGUGAACCAAACGUAUCCUACAUAUGUUCAAGAUAUUACCGAGCGCCUGAACUCAUAUUUGGAGCUAUUGACUAUACAACAAAAAUUGAUGUAUGGAGUGCCGGUUGUGUAUUGGCUGAACUAAUGUUGGGUCAGCCAAUAUUUCCUGGUGAUUCUGGAGUCGAUCAGCUAGUAGAAAUAAUUAAAGUCCUAGGUACUCCGACAAGAGAACAGAUUAGGGAGAUGAAUCCAAAUUAUACAGAAUUCAAAUUCCCACAAAUCAAAUCUCAUCCGUGGUCCAAGGCGUCAUUUAUAAAGGUGUUCCGGAUGCGCACGCCAUCUGAAGCAGUUGAACUUGUUUCUGUAUUGCUUGAAUACACUCCAUCUCUUAGGGUGUCUCCUUUGCAAGCGUGUGCUCAUACUUUCUUUGAUGAGCUUAGGGACCCGCACACCAGAUUACCGAGUGGACGUUCAUUACCACCGCUUUUCAAUUUUACACAAUUGGAAUUGAGCGCUGCGGGUUCAUUAAAAUCAGCUUUGAUACCUAAACACCUUAAAGAUUCUGUUGGAAGUGGAAACGAAGUAUCUGCAGCAGCUAGUGGUGGGCCGUCGACUCCUGAAAAUAUCAAUCCCGAGAGCCCAAACCACCCGUCAUCUUCGACAACUUCUAGACAACCAUCAAAUGAAAUCGUUUAAUAGUGCAACUAUGAAAUGUCUUGGCAAUCAAACCUACUCAAAUUUACAAAGGUAAUAUAUAUGUAUACCAAAACAACUAAAUACAAAUACAACAUUAUCAUAUCUGAAUUGUUUUUUUUAUAAUUAGAUAAAAGAAAAUGUGUAUGUAAUAUUUUAUUAGAUUGCCAAUUUUGUUAUUAGGUAAAUUUGUCGAUACCUAAACUCUUUUUAUGGGGAAUAGAUUUCACAAAUUCUAAACUGUUUUCAAUGGUCAUUUUUCACUAACUACUUUCUUUGUUCA